CCAAUUUUUCUUUUUGCGCAUUUUCAAGCUGAGCUGGUUUUUUUUCUGAAAAAAAAAAGAAGGUACUGUGAUCGCAGUAGUUCCAGAUACACAGAUCGACUUACCAUCAAAAAGUGCCAAAGCGCUUACGAUGGACGGUGUUAGUAUUGCUCGUGUAUAUGCAGAUGUCAAUCUGAAGCAACCAAAAGAGUAUUACGAUUAUGAAUCGUUGCAGAUUCCUUGGGGAAAUCAGGCAGAUUAUGCCGUUUGCCGAAAGAUUGGACGAGGAAAAUAUUCGGAAGUUUUUGAAGGCAUCAAUCGCUUUAAUGGAGGCAAAUGUGUUAUUAAAGUGUUGAAGCCCGUUAAAAAGAAGAAGAUUCAGCGCGAGUUACUGAUUUUACAAAACCUCACCGGGGGCGUCAAUACUAUCUCGCUUCUGGAUAUCGUGCGUGAUAACAAGUCCAUGGUACCGUCACUCGUGUUUGAAUUAGUAGCAAAUGCCGAUUUCAAACUUCUUUAUCCAAGGCUCACUGAUCACGAUAUCCGUUAUUACUUGUAUGAACUGCUGAAGGCACUCGAUUAUUCUCAUUCAAAGGGCAUCAUGCACCGCGACAUCAAGCCACUUAACGUCAUGAUCGAUCACGAUAAGCGGCAGCUUCGUCUUAUUGAUUGGGGUCUAGCUGACUUCUAUCUUCCUGGUGCUGAAUAUAAUGUACGUGUAGCGUCAAGAUGCUUUAAAGCGCCAGAACUUCUGGUGGGCUUCAGGCAAUACGAUUACAGUGUGGAUAUGUGGAGUUUUGGAUGUAUGCUCGCUGGAAUGUUAUUUCGUAAGGAGCCGUUCUUUAACGGUGAUGAUCUGUACGAUCAAUUGGUGAAAAUUGCGCAAGUGCUUGGCACCGAGAAACUGUAUGCAUAUCUGGAGAAGUAUGAUAUCAAACUAGAUCCGCACUACAACAAGAUCCUCGGAGUAUACCCAAUAAGACCCUGGAGUGAUUUUAUCACCGGUCCGACUCAAGAGUACAGCACACCAGAAGUAUUUGAUAUACUGGAUAAAUUGCUACGAUAUGAUCAUCAAGAACGAUUAACAGCACGCGAGUGCAUGCAGCAUCCGUUCUUUGCAUCUAUCCAUAAUGCAUCUACUUAGCUCCAAUCUCAUUCAUAUACAGUCUAUUCGCCACAUCGUUGCAGUAAUACUACUUGAUAACAGAACGUAACUGCUGAUCUACAUUGUCAAUGUAACAUAGUCUAUUUUAAGAAGUAACAUGGUGACGGCAAUUUUGCUUUUUAAGUAAUGAAAAAAAAAAGACCUAAAAAAUAUUCCGAUCAGGAACCUUCAGGUCUUCUGUUUCUUGCACCAUGUCAACAUUCUCUGUCAUACAAAACCCUAUGCUGGAUAAUCCUUCACAGCCGCCAAGAACUCGUUCGCGUGUUUUGAAUACCCUGGCAAGCAUGCCACUGAUGCCGGUGCCCUCCUUCCGUAACUUGGUCAAUCGAUCCUUGUUACAUAUGCAACAACAUAUGAAAAACAACAGGAAAAUAGCGCCAGUUGUUAGCCAGUCAAAGACAGAAGGACCUAAACUAGC